AUGGCCGAAGACAAGUGCCCCUUCAUCCGGACCAUGAACACCGGCGGUGGCGGCACCAAGAACCGCGACUGGUGGCCCAACUCGUUGAGGCUAAACAUCCUCCGCCAGCACACGCCCGUCACCAACCCGCUGGGCGGCGACUUUGACUAUGUGUCUGCCUUCAAAGGCCUCGACUACGACGGAAUCAAGAAGGACCUCACCGCCUUGAUGACCGACUCCCAGGAAUGGUGGCCCGCCGACUUCGGCCACUACGGUGGUUUCUUCGUCCGCAUGGCAUGGCACAGUGCUGGUACCUACCGCGUUCAUGACGGACGUGGCGGCGGCGGCGAAGGCCAGCAGCGUUUUGCCCCCCUCAACAGCUGGCCGGACAAUGUCAGUCUCGACAAGGCCCGUCGCCUUCUGUGGCCCAUCAAGCAAAAGUACGGCAACAAGAUCUCCUGGGCCGACCUCAUGAUCCUGACUGGCAACGUCGCCCUCGAGUCCAUGGGCUUCCAGACUGCUGGUUUCUCCGGCGGUCGUUCCGACACGUUUGAGGCCGACGAGUCUGUCUACUGGGGUGGCGAGACCACAUGGCUGGGCAAUGAUGUCCGCUACGCCCACGGCCAUGCUGGCAAGGCCGACUCCGGUGUCCUCGAUGGCUCCCAAGCUACCAAGGCCAAGUCCGACAUCCACUCCCGCGAGCUGGAGUCGCCCCUCGGCGCUGCCCACAUGGGUCUCAUCUACGUCAACCCCGAGGGUCCCGAUGGCAACCCGGACCCCGUUGCCGCUGCUAGGGACAUCCGCACCACCUUUGGCCGUAUGGCCAUGAACGAUGAGGAGACUGUCGCCCUCAUUGCUGGCGGUCACUCGUUCGGCAAGACCCACGGCGCUGCCCCUGACAGCAACGUCGGUCCCGAGCCCGAGGGAGCUGGUCUCGAGCAGCAGGGUCUGGGUUGGGUCAACAAGCACGGCUCCGGAAAGGGCCCCGACACCAUCACCAGUGGCCUCGAGGUCACUUGGACUGCCACGCCUACCAAGUGGAGCAACAAGUACUUUGAGUAUCUCUUCAAGUAUGACUGGGAGCUCACAAAGAGCCCCGCUGGCGCAAACCAGUGGGUGGCAAAGAACGCCGAGCCCAUCAUCCCCCAUGCCUACGACCCCAACAAGAAGCAACUGCCCACCAUGUUGACCACCGACCUGUCGCUGCGCUUUGAUCCCGAGUACGAGAAGAUCUCGAGACGCUUCCUCGAGAACCCGGAUCAGUUCGCCGACGCUUUUGCCAAGGCUUGGUUCAAGCUGACGCACCGUGACAUGGGCCCGCGCUCUCGCUAUGUCGGUCCCGAGGUUCCGUCCGAGGACUUUAUCUGGCAAGACCCUAUUCCCGCCCCCAACCAUCCUCUCAUCAACGAGCAGGAUGCCGCCUCGCUGAAGAAGGAGAUCCUCGGCACUGGCAUUGACCCCUCCAAGCUCGUCUCCACUGCUUGGGCUUCCGCAUCUACCUUCCGCGGCAGUGACAAGCGUGGUGGCGCCAACGGCGCCCGCAUCCGCCUGGCGCCCCAGAAGGACUGGGAGGUCAACAACCCCAGGCAGCUUGCCGAGGUUCUCAAGGCUCUCGAGGGUGUCCAGCAGAAGUUCAACAGCUCCUCGAGUGGUGGCAAGAAGGUAUCUCUGGCCGACCUUAUCGUCCUGGCCGGUGCCGCCGGCGUUGAGCAGGCCGCGAAGAACGCCGGUUACGACAUCACCGUCCCCUUUACGCCUGGUCGCGGCGAUGCUUCUCAAGAGCAGACCGACGUCGAAUCUAUUGACCAUCUCCAGCCCUUUGCCGACGGCUUCCGCAACUACGGCAAGUCCACCGACCGCGCCAAGACGGAGCAUUACCUCGUCGACCGCGCACACCUGCUCACCCUCACCGCCCCUGAGCUCACCGUCCUUCUCGGUGGUCUGCGCGUGUUGAACACCAACUUUGAUGGAUCGUCGACCGGUGUCUUCACCAACCGACCUGGCGCCCUGACGAACGACUUCUUUGUCAACCUACUCGACAUGGGCAACGAGUGGAAGGCCACCAACAACCAGGAUGUGUACGAGGGUUACGACCGCAAGUCGGGCAGCAAGAAGUAUACUGCCAGCCGUGUCGACCUCAUCUUCGGUUCCCAUGCCGAGCUCCGCGCCGUGGCUGAGAUCUACGCCCAGGCUGACGCUGGACAGAAGUUUGUCAAGGACUUUGUGACCAUCUGGAACAAGGUCAUGAACCUGGACCGCUUCGACCUUAAGAGCAACUCCGGAAGUGUACCGAGUCGUCUCUAG